AACCACACACAGUCCUGCACUGGGUUUUUGGUGUUUCAGGUUUGUUGCACCUGAGGUCACGGCCAAGUCACUGACAUCAGUGGACACUGCCUAUCAACGUUAUGACGUCAGAGGGGGGUCAGCGGUGGCAGUAGAGUACUGUUUGCGUCAUUAAAAUAUAUUUAAAACGAUAAAACGAUAGUUCUGCACUCUAUUUACUACAUCACAUAAUUACCAUAGAAGCUGCUUUUCUGUAUAUAAGGCGGGAGAAAGCGGGCGGUGUUUGUAUCUUUACGUAGUGCUGACACAACCUGAACAUCACAGUAUGUUCAACACUUAAAGCGCUUUUAAAGGGGAAGCACCUACACCGGCCAACUUUAAGUCAUCAUGGCGGAUUCCUCUUUAGACAACAUGACAUCUCUUGCCAGGGCUCUGUCGCAACCGAAGCUGGACAUGAAAGAAGUGAAUGAUGUUGGUUCUCCGCGAAACAUUCCGCUGCAUCCGUGUCGAAGGAGAAAGCUAUCGGGCUGUAACUCACCCGAGUCGUUUGACUCGGUGAUUUCGCCUUCCGCCGAGGCGCGAGUCCUGGUCAUCAAUACCGGAGGAACUAUUGGGAUGACCCUUCACGACGACGUGCUCGCACCAAAAGCCAAUGCCUUAGUGAAGAGCCUGCGCAAGCUGCCCAUUCUCCAUGAUGAGACGUAUGCACAGCAGACCUGCCUGUAUGACUACUAUGGAUCAGAGAACAUCCUGGUUUUGCCGAUGAAUAAACAGAAUAAGAGGAUAGUGUACACUGUCUUAGAGUAUAGCCCUUUGCUGGACUCAUGCAAUAUGACCACCGAUGACUGGGGUCGAAUUGGAAAGGACAUUGAGAAAAACUAUGAAAGCUAUGAUGGUUUUGUGAUCCUUCACGGCACAGACACUAUGGCGUAUACAGCCUCUGCCCUGUCCUUCAUGUGUGAACAUCUGGGCAAACCAAUCAUCCUCACCGGUUCACAAGUGCCUAUCUUUGAGAUGAGGAAUGAUGGCAGAGACAACCUGCUGGGGGCACUGCUGAUUGCUGGCCAAUUUGUCAUUCCUGAGGUGUGCUUGUAUUUCUACAACAAACUCUACAGAGGGAACCGUGUGACCAAAGUGGAUGCUGGGAGUUUCAAUGCAUUCUCCUCCCCUAACUUGCCUCCACUGGCCACAGCUGAAGUGGAUAUUACAAUCAACUGGGAUACAGUUUGGAGGGCAGCCACCACAGUAAAGUUUCAAGUCAGAACUGAGCUGAACCGUAAUGUAGGCCUGCUCAGGCUGUUCCCAGGAAUCACUACUGCUACUGUGAGGGCCUUCCUACAGCCGCCCAUGGAGGGUGUGGUUCUGGAGACUUACGGCAGUGGCAAUGCCCCAAAUAAUCGUCCUGAUCUGAUUGAGGAGCUGAAGAAGGCCACUGACUCUGGCGUCAUCAUUGUAAACUCCACCCAGUGUCUGAGGGGGACCGUGUGUGCAUCUUACGCCACUGGCAAAGUAUUGAUGGAUGCAGGGCUGAUAUCUGGUUGUGACAUGACUCCAGAGGCUGCCCUGUCAAAGCUGUCCUACGUGUUGGCCAAGAAGGAGCUCAAUCUAAAUGGCAAGAAAAAGAUGAUGGGUCAGAAUCUGCGAGGUGAGAUGAGUGCUGACAUAGCAGGAGCCAAGCUGUGUCUGAGCGACAGUCGUUUCAUCCAGGUUAUCGCCAAAUCUCUGAGCAUCAGCUGCAAAGAGGAGCUGGAAGCCAUCCGUGAUGCUCUGACUCCCCCACUGGCUUGUGCUGCUGCUAAGAUUGGAGACAUAGAAUCUUUAGAAGCUUUAAAAGAAAUGGGCAGUAACUUGUGUCUGGGUGACUAUGAUGGACGUACACCUCUACAUGUCGCUGCCUCUGAGGGCCACUUCAAAAUGGUGCAGUACCUACUGAAUCAUGGAGCUACAGUCUAUGCUAAAGAUCGCUAUGGGGCUACACCCCUGUCCAACGCUGUCCGCUUCAGACACAAGGAAGUUGUGAAGCUCCUGAGAAAGACGGGCGCCCACUUCUCCAGAGAGGAGUUGGAGGAAGCGGGAACAGAACUGUGCAGCCUGGCAGCCAGCGGUGACCUUGAGGGCCUGGAAAUCUGGGGCCUGGCCGGAGCAGAUCUGAGCACACCAGGCUAUGAUGGACAGACAGCGAUUCAAGUGGCCCAGGCUGUUGGAAAAAAGGAAACACUGGCAUUUUUAGGCAAGCUCAAGAGCAAUAAGUCCAAGGCAGUUUGUGAUGGGUUUAAUGAGUAUAAUGAAUGUGAUGAUGAUGAUGAUGAUGAUGAGGGCGGUGGAGUGAUCCAGUUCACUGCCACACCAUCCGAGCUGUGAGCUGAUGCCGCCUAGACCAACAGAAUUCAUCCCCCGUUUGUGUCCAUGUCCUCCCAAACCGUCUGCAGGAUGCUUGUAUUUGCACAUGCUUUAAAGCUGUCAUUUCUUACAGUAUUUCUGUCCAAAUGUAUGGAGAAACACAACAUUGUGUAGCCAGUGCUUUAGGUGCACAGUGCCCAAAAAGAGCAUGACUAUGUGUACAGUAUGUACAUGUUUGACUGUUGCACAGAAGUCUGUGUAUAAGGAAACAAUAUCGCUCUGAAUGUUUUAAUCAAAUGCUUUUAUUUUCAUGUAUGAACAAAGGUUAUUGUGAUGUCCAGUCAGGGAGUUAAGGGUGAACUACACUUAAGCUGUUUUAACACGGACAGUGCUGCAACCUCCCCUUACUGCACAGACAGUGAAAGAUAAUGGUUAUAUAUAUAUAUUUUUAAUACCAAAAGAGUUAAAGGACUAUAACAUUACUUUAUAAAGUAAUGUUUUCUUUUCCUAUAGCAAUAAAAGCAUGCUAUUUAGAUGCACAGGGUGCAGUAAGAGAUUUGUUUUUUAUUUUUAUAAUGGGAUGCUGCAAAGCAUCAUGUGAGCUGAUGACAAGUUACCCAACUUGUAGCACGACCGCUUUGGUGAAAACUAUACUUCUGCCUCUGUAGUAGAGAUUUCCCUCUGUUGAAACAGGUAUUGCAAAAACCUGUGGUUCCUUUUCAGACCCAUCAGGCCUGUUUCUUGUCCUGAUCAUCAGGCUGGAAGAGUCACAUAUCUCUCACUUUGAAAUAGAAAAGGACAUUCAGACUGUUGUGUGAACCAGAUAGACUUAAAACCGCCAUUUUCUAUGUUUUGUAUUGUUGCGUGUUUGUGAUCACAAACUUAUUUUUCUUUUCUUUGUUGUGUUAAAUGUUGCUGUUCUUCCUUCCUUUAUAUUAUUAGAUUUUGACACCAAUCCUGGUUAAAAUGUUUCACACUUUAUUGUUAUCAUCUGUUAGGGGGUCUUCUGUGAUAAACUGUGACUUUAAAGUGGAAAUACGUAUUAAGUACUUGAAAACAAUCCUGUUUCUGGUGCUGAUAUUGGGGCAAUGUUGUAUUCAAAAACAAAUAAGGGUGUGUGUGUGUGUGUGGAAAAAGCAAAAAAUAAA